CCAAAAUAAAAAGGAGUGGUGAGAAAUCGGUAAUUCUCUCUUCUCCGCUCUUCACAUACUGCCACUCAGGACAAGACAGAAACCCCACUCAUCCAGCCGAGAGUGGCUAUAAAAGGACUGACUGCUGACCUGGAGAUGUCCACCAUGAAGCAUCUCCACUUGUCACAUCUGCGCUCGAUGUUGCUGCUCAGCUACUUGGUAGCUGUUGUGCUAUCGGCCUCCACCGAUCAUGUGAGAUGGUGCUUAAAGUCGGACAAGGAGCACCAGAAGUGUUUGGCACUGGCCACCAAGGCACCAGUCUUUUCCUGUGUCAAGAAAUCGAACACUUUGGAAUGUCUCACUGCUAUUCACGAGGGUACAGCGGAUGCCAUCACAUUGGAUGGAGGAGACAUCUACACGGCUGGCCUAGAUGAUUACAAACUUCAGCCCAUAAUUGCUGAAGACUAUGGUGCCUCAUCAAGUAGCUGCUACUACGCUGUCGCCGUGGUUAAGAAAGGCUCUGGGUUCGGCAUCAGAGACCUGCAAGGGAGGAGAUCCUGCCACACUGGCUUGGGAAAAUCUGCCGGCUGGAACAUUCCGAUUGGAACUCUCAUCAAGUUGGGUGUGCUGAAGUGGGCAGGCAAUGAGAAUGAAACUAUUGAAUCAGCGGUUGGUAACUUCUUCUCUGAGAGCUGUGUCCCAGGAGCAGGAAAGGGUUCCCAAUUGUGUAAAAGCUGCAAGGGAGACUGCUCACGUUCUCACAACGAACCUUUCUAUGAUUACGGCGGUGCAUUCCAGUGCCUGGUGGAAAAUGCUGGAGAUGUGGCAUUUGUUAAGCAUCUAACUGUACCAGACGGCAUGAAGGCAGACUACGAGCUGCUGUGCAUGAACAACACCAGAGCACCCAUUGACAGCUACAAAGAAUGCCACCUGGCCAGGGUACCUGCUCACGCUGUGGUCACCCGCCAAGACUCCAAAUUGGCAGAUUUGAUUUGGAAUAGCCUCACCACAGUAGAGAACUUUGACCUAUUCUCCUCUGAGGCAUACGCACCUGCCAAGAAUUUGAUGUUCAAAGACUCCACUGAAAAACUAGUCAGGUUGCCUGCCAACACGACCUCCUUCCUGUAUCUUGGUGCCACUUACUUGAGCAUUGUGCGCUCCCUGAACAAAGAGGCCACUGCAGCCGGAUCAAACGCAAUCAUGUGGUGUUCCGUGGCCUCGAGUGAGACUCGGAAAUGUAACAAAUGGAGCGUCAAUGGCAUGGUGGAUGGUGAAAACGUGAUUCUGUGCCAGACUGCACCGACUGUGCAAGACUGCAUCAAGAUGAUCCUGCACAACGAUGCAGAUGCAAUGGCAGUGGAUGGAGGAGAGGUGUACACAGCUGGCUUGUGCGGUUUGGUUCCAGCCAUGGUGGAGCAGUACGAUGAAGCAAAAUGCAACCAGUCUGGAGCCUCAGCCUCCUCAUAUUAUGCUGUUGCGGUGGUGAAGAGGGAUUCUGGCGUGACCUGGGCUAACCUGAUGGGGAAGAGGUCCUGCCACACCGGCUUUGGCAGAACAGCCGGCUGGAACAUUCCCAUGGGUAAAAUCUACAAAGAGACUGGCGACUGUGACUUCACAAAGUUCUUCAAGAGCGGCUGUGCCCCUGGAUCUCCAGCCGGCUCACCAUUCUGCUCCCAGUGCGCAGGCAGUGACAAAACUGUGGAUGAUGAAACAAAGUGCAAAGCCAAUUCAGAGGAGAAGUACUACGGCUAUGCUGGGGCCUUUAGAUGUCUUGUUGAGGGUGCUGGUGAAGUGGCCUUCAUUAAACACACAACUGUUGCAGAAAACAGCGACGGAAAAGGUCCAGCAUGGGCUGCUGGGGUCUUGAGCAGCGACUAUGAGCUAAUUUGCCCCUCAAAGGGUCCAGUGCCAAUAACAGACUUUGAGGCUUGCCACCUGGGAGUUGCCCCAGCAGACGCUGUGGUGACCCGUCCUGAGACCCGCGAUGUUGUCGUCUCCAUUCUUCAGGAACAGCAGGCUUCCUUUGGUCGAGGCAGCAAAAACUCCCCUUUCAAAAUGUUUGAGUCUGCACCUGAGAGGAACCUCCUAUUCAAGGAUUCCACCCAGUGUCUCCAGGAAGUGCCAAGCGGGUCCAAUUAUCAAAGCUUCUUGGGACCAGAUUACAUGGAUGCCAUGACCUCGCUGAGGCAGUGCACGGACUCAACUCCAGAGUUGGAGAAACUGUGUUCUUCACACACCUGCCAGCAGACAAACUAGAAAUCUCAAAAUAAAAUGUUUCCCCUCA